AUAGUGGUACUAAGUCAUGGUGGUAAUUUAGGAAACACACUUAUUCUAUUUUUAGAUGAAGUUAUUGCACAAUAUACCGUGCAUUCGUGAUACGAUGAUGUGCGCUCGACAUAAGAUGUCUUCUUGCGACCUAAAUAAGUCGUCACUAUGGUCAAGUUCAAGGACAGCUUAACUGAAGUAAUGUGCAUACUUUGAAAAUACCACUGUGGCUCAGAUGGCUGAGCAACUGGUCCAGUGUACAUUUCAUAAUGAGCCUCGUUACCCGCGCCUAAACAGUUAUCCCCGAGGCCGAAAAUUCCCAUCUGCACCUACAACCAGUGAAAGAAACUUAUAUACUUUGUGACUAGAAUAGGUUUUCGGUAUCAAAGUUGGAAUCAGUGUCACCAGUGUGUAUUGGAUGUUUAACAUGAUUUCUAUAUAUGCCUCAUAUGAAUUUUUCAGACUUUUGAUGGUUUUGAAUUUUAAGGUGUAAUGAUUUUGACAUUUUGUUACAAGUUUUCAAGUCAUUAUUUUACGUCAAGGCAUUUAGUGCAGAUACUUUUUAUGUGGGACAUAAUUUGGAUAUAUUUCCUUGAACCGACUGGUGAAUAUAAUUCAGAGGAGUAGCUCAACUGCUGACAUCCCUUCUGUACAUUGAAGGAUGUUGAACGAAACGUAUAUAUAAAUAGUCAACUCAUUUUGCCUUUUUUUCUCUUGGUGCCUGUCUGCUUAUGGGCGUCAGCGAUGACUAAAUUGUGGCAUGAAACACUGACUUUGACAGUAAUAUUGCUGAUUAGUGCUGAAGUGGGUGUUAGGAAUAAAUUUAGAACUUUAUCGUUUCGGGAGAAGGAAUUCAGACUGUUUAUUCAUUUUCAGGACUUGCAUUUGCAUGGCCUUCAUUUGCGUAUAUGACCGGUAUCCAAGGUUAAAUUAUGAGUCUUGAAGUCAUCAAAGAUCCGCUUGGUGCCUUUGAUGAGUCCGCAGUCAUUUUUGGGCUCUCGAGUGGACAAGACUCAUGUCCUGUUCUGUGUGAAUGGGGCCCUUGGAGUUCAUGGUCUGAUUGUAGUAAAACAUGUGGUGGUGGUUCCCUGAGUAGAGAUAGGGGACUGUGUUGUACGGUGAAUAUGACUAUUUCUACAUGUUUGGCUGACUGUGGAAUUAGUGAUCCUGUUUUCAAGGAAGAAGCACGGUGCAACCCAUACUGUUACAAUAGUGGUAUGUUCGUUAACGUCGGUAGAAUCAGCGGUAACUGCAGCUGCGACUCCCUGCAUGAUGGCGAUUGUUGUGAAAAACAAAAGCCACUUAUAGCGGAACCAGACGGUAACCUCAUCUGUAAUGACAUAUGUAACUGGACACCAUGGGAACCAUGGAGCACGUGCUCUGUCUCAUGUGGAGGCGGUGGACAACAGGAAAGAGUCAGGCAGCUUUGUUGUUUAGAAGAAUACGGCGGAUUCCAGAAUUGUAUAGGAGUUUGCGGAAAAGAUAUCAGUGAUCGAACUCAGAAUCAUUCUUGUGGAGACACUUGUUUACGAGGUGGAUCAUUAAAACCAGAUGGUAUUGGCUGUCAGUGCCUAGACCGAUCAUUUGGACAUUGCUGCGAACAACUUCUACCAGGUUGUACACCGUUCCCCACAGACCUAAUAUUUGUACUGGAUUCUUCCGCAAGUCAGACAAGUGAACAGUUCGAAGCACAACUUGAUUUUGUGAAAAAGUUUAUCGAAAACGUUAACAUCAGCAAAGAAGAAUUUCAGAUAGCAGUUAUAACAUAUUCAACAGAAGCUAGAGUAGAUAUAAACUUUAAUCAAUCCAACGAUAAGGACACUCUGUAUCGACUAACUGAGGACAUCAGAUUCCGGCCAGGUGCCACAUUUACAAAUAAAGGAUUAAAAGUGGCAAUGGAAGUUGCGAGAAAAAGUGAGAGGCGGAAAGGCAUGGUGACCUUGACUUAUGCAUUUGUUCUUACUGAUGGAAUGUCAAACAAACGAACAGAAACAAGAAUCGCUGCUAAGGAAUUAAGAAAUGCUGAUGUCCAUGUUGUUGCAAUAGGAAUUGGAAAAGAAGUUUCACAUCAAGAACUUGUCGACAUUGCAUCUCCGGGAGAUACCUUCAGUCCCUCUUACGUUUUCUCUGUUGGGGAUUUUAAUGCCCUGGAUACCUUACUGAAGCAGCUCGUGCAGAUAACAUGUGACGAUUGCAGCGCUGCCAGCCACCUAUCUGAUAUUGUGUUUCUACUUGAUGAAAGUUAUCAAAUGACUGAGACGGAAUUUCAAAUUUCGUUGGAUGUUAUGACGUCCAUUGUAAAGAAUACUGAUCACAUUGGUGAAGAUGAAGGUCCAGCCUUUGGCUUGAUUCAUCUUGGCAACACACUGACAACAGUAAUUGAACUUUCAAGCAGUCAGUCACAAGAAAACCUAAUGGUACAAUUUCAAUCACUAUACAGGAAGCAGAAUGAUGUAUGUGGUAAAGAUGAAAAAUGUGCUGAAAGAAAUAUCACGUCAGCAAUUGAACAAAUAUUUAAGCCAUUCCUUAGCAUAAAUAAGCGUCAAAAUUCUAGAAAAUUUCUUAUUGUGAUGUCAAAUGGAAAGUUUGAAAAUCCAGAUGUCGUCAAAGAAGAAAUGGUGGCAAUUAAGGAAUUGUCAGGUAUCAAAUUGUUUGUGAUUGGCCCAGGACUUGAGAUAAAUAUGGACGGCUUGUUAUCAUUGGCCAAAGAAGCAAAUCAUGUGUACGCAGUUCUUGACAAUGAGGACACUUCAAAACUGGAUGUCAUGCAAUCAGAAUUUUCCUACAACUUUUGUAUAAAAACAUGAAUUAAUCUAUCUAGUCUAGAUACAUCUCUGACGGUCCAUCCACAGAGAAAUGAAAGUUAUAAUUACGUCACGAGUUAGACUAUAGUCUAACAUAAAUGUAACAUGCCCUAUAUACAAUGGCAAGGCAAUUUAAUCAGCCAGUGCUUUUAUGCAUCAAUUGUUAUGUCUGAAUACUAAACGCUUGGAAGAUACCUCGUCAACAUUUUAGAAUAACUUGACGUAAGGUCAUUUGAUGCUUUUUGAAUCACUUUGAAAGUUCUUAUUUACAGAAAGAAACAAAAAUAUCAAAUUCUCAAUUUAUUUUACUAUCUGCCUUUCUGUGAAAUAGUGGAAUACAUAUCAAUAAAAUAAAACUGAUAUUUUUACUGGUUCAAAGCAGUGAAAAUAUCAUUUUUAUUUUGAUUGGACCCCAAAGGAACCACAAUUAAGUACAAAAGAAAAAGAAUUAUAUAUAAUCGGAAAUUCUUUAAAAAAAUAAAUAUUAAUCUAAAAGGUAUUUGUUUGUUUUACAGAAAGGUUAAAAUUUAUGCCACCGAGUCAGUGAGCUCCGUGAGCAUUAUUUUCACGCGUAGCGCAGCCAUGAGUAAAAUACUUUCGAUCUUACACUGAAACUAUCAAAUUUUCUCUGUUGAAAAAUUGUCAAAUAGGUCUGUAAGUUCAAGAUACUUUUGCCUUUUGUACGGUAGAGUGUAUCUCUUUAUAUUCGUGUUGGUAUUCAGUAGUAUUUAUAUACACCAGCAUCUGUAUUGAAGUAUUUUAUUUUGCAAAUAUUUCCUGAUUAAUAAUAUUCGUAAUUUCUAUCCUUUCGCAGUCAAGCGUAGUUCUGCACCAGUAAAAAUAAAAAUGAUUUUGAAACACUGAAAAUAUCAUUUUUUCACUGAUACAUUUCAGAAAAGCAUUAGAUAAUCGUCAAUAGAGAUAUAUAUGUAUACAGAUAUGUACAUCAGCAUAAAAGAUAUUAUUACAUACUCGUUUAUUUUCCCCGUUAAGUUACAAUGGUACCGGAAAGGUCAAUAUUUUUCCAUACACUGACGCCUGAAUUUCAUAUCGGGUGCGUGACGUGAUUUAAGGUGGAGUGCGACCUUUAAAUUUUUUUUAGAUAGAUCUAUGAAAAAUUAAUGGAAGAAAAUUAAGGAUAUUUCUGAUUUAUUCCAGUUUCCCGUUUGGCUCUUAUUUAAGCCACAUUUGUUUGGUGCGCUGUCAAACUUGGCCACUAACGGCACUUUUUGGGCGUCAUUUCUUUGCGUCAUUUUCUUUGUUUCUGUACGGUUUUCAGCAUAUCCCUGUUUUAGCUGGAAGCGGGCGCGAAUGAAAUUUAUAUAUUUUUAAAAGAUUUAAAAUUUCCUUUCCUGUGAUAUAAAUUUCGUGAAUGACCUAUGACGUACCUUAAGAUUAUGACGCAUUAAAGCGUCAGACUUAUACAAAGCGUAACGUAGAGUUUAGCUGGAAAAUUGUCCGUUUUUCGAGAAUAACAUUUUUUCGGGUCGAGGAAUUUUGUUUAAAUUUCAAUCAUAAAUGCGCAAAUAUAUUUACUUGCGUUUGAUAAACAAAAAAUUGUAUGUCACCGAAUUCGUUUUUUCAGUACCACCGAUUUUGUUUCCCCAUCCCCGAGCUGAAAUGCGACGUUAUUUGGUGGUAUUUUUAAAAUUGCGCUAAACUUCCGGCCGAUUUUGGAAAACUUGUACUAUGGAAGAUGUUGUCGACAUUCUAUCGUAAAAAUAUACGUUCAACGAAAGCAUAUUCUGAAACAUAAGAAAUAACACAUAUACAGUAAAUAGAAUAAUAGUAGAAAAAAAAAGCCCCGGCUGGUUUUGAGUUGCGAACUUUUGGUUUUUACUUCAAUUAUAAUAAUUUUCUUUUCAUUCGAUUUUGAUACGUAAUUUUAAUGGAAUUACUUCUAUAAAAAAACAUCAUUAAAAGUUUGUAUUAUCUUCAUUAUUGGUAUUUAAUGUGAACAUGUGUUAUAAUGGACUCAUGCAUGUUACCGUUCCAAAAUUUUCUAAAGGUCAAAGAGACCGUACAUCCAUGGACGAUAUCAAUGUAAAAUAUCAUAACCGUGCGCCUUAGAUGUCGGAUUGUUGCUGUAUGUAGGAAAGGUAAAGAAUUACCCACAAGUUAAAGUUUUACUGUUAACGGAGUUUGUCUACUUAUUCUUUUUUAGUUUAAAGAAAUACUCACUGAUUUUCUGCUUGUAACUCGAGCUCGAUUGCUGACUUGAUAUAAUGUUUCUUCCUUUGCAUAUUAGAAAGAAAACUUAAAAGAGAAAAUUAUUAAACAGUACCGACUUUGUUGUAUUCAAGAUUUUGCAGGAGACAUAUCAUGCUCACUGUGAUGUCGAAAUGCAUAUGCACUCUUUAAAGUGUAACACGCGGCAAGGUUUGAUCGAAAAGCAACACUCAACUAUUCCGAGUUACAGUAGAUGUGUUUAAGUUCACAAAUAAUGUCGCAGAGAAUCGCGAUUGACACUCAGUUAGAAAUUUGCAGCUCAGCUGAUAUGUAAUGGAAAAAAACGUCAUAUCAAACAAUCAACCAAACAAAAAAUGAUGGCGAAUUGUGAGAGUGCGAUGGUGAAGUGCUGCAGUACUGCUUCGCCAUUGUACUGUUGUGCUUCACCAUCUUACAGUAGCGCUUCGCGACCGAUGUGUCACCACCGCACUGUCGCGCUUAACCAUUUUAGUGUCACCAAUGCACUGUCGUGCUUCGCCAUCGCACUGUCGCGCUUCACUAUCGUACUGUCAUACUUCGCCAUCGUUCUGUCAUGCUUCUCCAUCGUAGUGUUACCAUUGUACUGUCACGCGUUGCCAUAGCUCUGUCACGCUUCUCCAUCGUAGUGUCACCAUCCUACUGGCACGCGUCGCCAUCGCUCUGUCACGCUUCUCCAUCGCAGUUUCACCAUCGAACUGUCGAGCUUUGCAAUCGCACUGUCGCACUUCACCCUCUUUUUCUGUUUAUAUACCUUAUUUGCGUUGUACUGUUCAAGAAUAGUCUCCGUCAGUCUAAUGUUUUCAUGAGGUUUAAAAAAUAAAUAUCAACCUGUAGGGUGUAAUUCAAACGAAUUAUUUCUAAACAAUAUUAUAUUCAAAAUUAACCUCUCAGCUAGAAAAUGAAUAAUAAAACAUGUAAUUGUUAUUAAUUGUUUUGUAAGAAAAUAUUUUUAAUCAGCUCUUAUUGCAAGCCAUGGAACGUUAAAAAUAUUUGUUGUCAGGUUAACAUCAUAAGAAAGACACUUGCGACAGUGCGUUGGCGAAACGCGACAGUACAAUAUGGUAAACCGCGACACUACGAUGGUGAAGCACAACAGUGGAUUCCGAAGAGUAGUUCAACAGACUGUCACCUUCGUACUGUCGUUGUUUUCGCCACCGUACUGUCGCGCUUAGCCAUCAUACCAUCGUACCUUCGGGCUUCCUAUUUACAGGGAGUAGCCGCUGGCCCUAACAGAACACCGUAAAUCCCACGAUUAAAUCGAAUUCUUAUAAAGUUGAAAAUCAUUUUUUCUUCAUAUGAUGCGCUUUCUGACAGGAGUAAUUUAAUCAUACUCACACAUUAAACUCGAAUGCUAACUAAGUUAGUUAUAAUAAAUUAUAAAAAAAACGAAAGUUCACAGCUCAUAACUAACCGGGAUUUCGUUUUUCUAUUAUAAUUCGAAUUGUUAUUUUCUUAUAUUUCAGUAUAUAUAUGCUGACAUUAAACGUAUAACUUAACGAAAUUAUGUCGACAAUAAACUCCAUGGUACAAAUUUUCCGAAAUCGUCCGAAACUAUCGGCGUAACUUUAAAAUACCACCAAAUAACUUCGCGUUUACUUCAUUUUUUAUAUAUAAUUCGAUUUACUGUAUAUGUGAUGGUUUUUUUUAUAUAUAUAUUUCAGUAUAUGCCUUCAUUGAACGUAUAUUUUUACGAUAAAGUUUCGAAAACUGGUUCCAAACUUUCCGAAAUCGUCCGAAACGUUAGCGUAUUACCACCAAAUAACGUCGCAUUUCAGCUUGGGUGGGGAAACAAACUCGAUG